UUUCCAUCCGAGGUGGAAACACUAUAAACCAAGGACGCGGGUGGUUCCGCCUAACUGACUGAAACCAGCUCAACAGAACCGCCACUUCCCCCGGGACCACAACCACAAGGUUAAAAUGGGCGUCUCUUCUGCUGACCAAUCAGAUGCUUAGUUUCCCAUGGGGGUCGUCACUACCAUGGACCCGGAUUCUUCCCGGCAACCGCAGGGCAAGUUAGGUAACGCUAGCCACGCUGUGAUCGAAGCUAACGUGGGCCCUCGAGGAAAGCAUUAUCUGUGCGGCUCGUUCGCCGCGUUCACCAACAUCAUCGUGACCUUCCCCAUCCAGAAGCUUUUGUUCCGGCAACAGCUUCACGGCGUCCGCGUGACCGAAGCCGUCCGACAGCUACAGCGCGACGGAUUGGGUCGUUUGUACCGCGGGCUUCUUCCGCCUCUCCUGCAGAAAACCACGACCGUGGCCAUAAUGUUCGGCUUGUAUGAGGAUUUUUCCCGGUUGCUUCUGCGUCACGCGCGGAGUAGCGGAACGCCCGAGAUUGUUACGCGUAGCACCGCCGCGGCGCUAGCCGGCACAGCUGAGGCUGCGCUAACGCCGUUCGAGCGUGUGCAAACGCUUCUUCAGGAUCACCGGCACAACGGGCGCUUUAACAACACCGCACACACCUUUAGGACUCUCCUGCGGGAUUACGGCGUGAGGGAGUGUUACCGUGGCCUAGUCCCGGUUUUACUGCGCAACGGCCCGAGUAACGUGCUGUUUUUCGGGUUGCGUGGGCCGAUUAGGCAACGGCUUCCCGACGCCCGCACCCGCGCGGGUCACAUAGCUAAUGACUUUGUGUGUGGCGGGCUGCUAGGCGCGGCGUUGGGAAUCAUGUUCUACCCGCUAAACGUGGUUAAGUCGCGAGCGCAGGCCCAAGUCGGAGGCGAGUUCGUUCCCUGUCGGCAGGUUCUGAUGACGGUGUGGCGGGAACGAGGCGGGAGCGUCGCGAUGCUGUUCCGCGGAGCUACGCUCAACUACCAUCGCUCUCUUCUGUCCUGGGGGAUCAUCAACGCCACGUACGAGCUGCUCCUCAAAGUUUUCUGAUGGUGCACUUUUUUCCCAGUACAAGCCAAAAUUGAGGGUUUCCCAGCUGCACUUAAAUGCACAAUCCACUUAUACAUGUAAAUACUGGCGUCGUUGUUCAACUAUUUCUUCUGUGGAAUCGAAAAGAUGAUGUUUUGAAAGUUUUGGACCCCAUUGACUUCCAUUGGUUUCCAACAUCCUUCAGAAUAUCUUGUUUUUUUUCUAGAAGAGAUAUUGGUUUGGAAUGAAUGAUUGCUAUUUUGAUUUUUUUUUAAGUGUAACAUCUGCACUUAAUGACGUGCCGAUGCUGAUAAAGUCCGCCCAUGUUACCCGGCUACUAUAAGUGUUGUGGAGUGUAUCGUAUGUUUCUGUAUUGGCUCUUUUACUCACUUUAUUGGGGGUCUGUGGGACAGGGAUUGAGGAAGCACGGUGUUGCACUACUGACAUUACAUUUAUAAGUGUCACGCGCAGUUUAACUGAGCGUUCGUUCAUGUGUGUGAUUUGUGGAUCCCACACACACACAAUAUCAAGCCCAUGAUGAUAUUGUUUUUGCCAAUCAAUCAGAAAACAUCCAGAUGUAUUCGAAGAUUUUCAUGAAAUGCUAUUUUUAUGUAACAAGUGCUUUUUGCGACAUAAAUGAAAUGUUCACGUUUUUGUGGGUGGAAAGUAAACAAUUACUCUAAUUGCA